AUGGCCGGCCAGUAUCAGGACCCCAAGGCCAGUGAGUCGAGUAUGGCCAGCCAGGGCCCUGCUGCCGACGCAAGUCUGGAAAAAGCUGUGGUGGCGAGCGAGAAUGGGGAGGAAACGGCCGACGACCAGGUCGACCAUGGCCUUCGCGCGUGGCUGACCGUUGCUGGCGCCUGGUGCUGUCUGUUCUGUGGCUUUGGCUGGGUGAACGCAAUCGGCGUCUUCCAGGAAUACUACCAGACUCAUCAACUACGCCACUAUUCCACCUCCAGCAUCUCCUGGAUUCUGUCGCUGGAGCCGUUCGCUCUCUUUGCCGCCGGCAUUGUUCUCGGUCGGGUCUUCGACAGCUAUGGCCCAAAAUGGCUCCUCCUCAUCGGCACCUUUCUACACGUCUUCGGCCUCAUGAUGACCUCCGUUUCCACCUCGUACUACCAGUUCCUCCUCGCGCAAGGCAUCUGCAGCCCCCUCGGCGCCAGCUUCGUAUUCUACCCGGCCUCCGCCUGUACCGCCACCUGGUUCGACAAGCGUCGCGCCUUGGCCUUUGGCAUCAUGUCCAGCGGUUCCUCCCUGGGCGGCAUCGUAUUCCCGGCCAUGCUGUCCCGGUUAUUGCCCCGUGUCGGAUUCGGCUGGUCGCUCCGGAUAUCGGCCUUUCUCAUCCUGGCAUUGUUGAUUGUCGCCAACUUGACGAUCCGGUCGCGAAUAGCGCCUGUCCCUCGCCGGGUUACAUUGGGUGACUACCUUGGGCCGUUCCGGGAGUUGCCGUUUGUCUUGCUGACGUUGGCGUCGUGUUGUGGCUUUUUUGCCAUGUUCGUGCCAAUAAACUAUAUCAUUCUCGAGGCGCAGGAGGACGGAGUACGACGUGACUUGGCUGAGUACCUCUUAACCAUGCUGAAUGCAGCUAGUCUACCUGGUCGGAUUUUGCCGGGGUAUUUCGGUGACAAACUUGGUCGGUUCAACGUCAUGAUUGCAAUGUGUGGCCUAUCAGCGCUAGUCAUUCUUGCACUGUGGAUUCCAGGCACACUGCUCUCACCCGGAUCGGCAGCUGUUUACAUCGUAUUCAGCGUAGCAUAUGGGUUUGCCUCGGGUGCUUUUGUGGGCAUGGUCCCAGCACUGCUGAGCCAAAUAACUGCCGAUGUAACUAAGACCGGCGUGCGCCAGGGGGUGUUGUAUACUUGUCUUAGCAUUGCCACGCUGACGGGAAGCCCUAUUGCUGGAGCAAUUCUGAAUAGCCAACACGGAAGAUACUGGGGGCUACAGACCUUUGCAGGUGCCAUGAUGGUGGGGAGCGUGUUCUUCUUCGUGGCGGCGCGCAUAGUCCUUGGAGGGAUGUCUCUUGACCGGAAAGUCUGA